CUCCUCCGCCGCCGCCUUCGAGCCCGGCUUCGCUCAGCAGCCGCAGCCCGAGGAGGCUCCGGGAAGGCGGCGGCGGAGCGGGCGUGAGGAGCCCGAGCGGAGCGGCGGAGCUCGGGGAGAGGAGAACGAGACGGAGACAGAGCGAGCAAAAGGAUUGAGAAACGAACGCACAUACUAAAAAAAAAAAAAAAAAAAAAAAAAAGGAAAAAAAAAAGGAAAAAAAAAAGGGGGGGGGAAGGAAAAAAAAAAGAAAAAAACGCAAACAAACAAACAAACAAACAAAAAAAAAUCGACCAACUUUACCUCUCGCCCCGCGCCAGGAUAGCAGAGCCUCUGCAGCACCCGAUGAAGGGCAGCGGCGGGCGCUGCGCGUUCUGAUGGAUUCCGGCGGCGCGGGCGCGGAGCAGGAGCAGCCCCGGCGCCCCGCUGCUGCCCCCCGAGCGUAGCGCCGGGCUCCGGCCGCGUCCCUCCGCGCAGCUCCGCGCCCCUCCGCGGCCGCCCCGCGCCUCUCUCCCCGCCGCGCAGCCCCCGACGCCUCGCAGAUGUUAGUGCACAGUUUUUCGGCUAUGGAGCGCCACGACAGUGCCAGCAACGGGACGGCGCGGCUGCCCCAGCUGGGGGCCGUGGGGCAGUCCCCGUAUAGCAGCGCCCCGCCGCUCUCGCACACCCCCAACGCCGACUUCCAGCCGCCCUACUUCCCCCCCCCGUACCAGCCCAUCUACCCCCAGUCUCAGGACCCCUACUCCCACGUCAACGACCCCUACAGCCUCAACUCCCUGCACACCCAGCCGCAGCCCCAGCACCCGGCGUGGCCGGGCCAGAGGCAGAGCCAGGAGCCGAGCUUGCUGCACGCGCACCGGGGGCUGCCCCACCAGCUGGGGGGGUUGGACCCCCGCCGCGACUACCGGCGGCACGACGACCUGCUGCACGGCCCGCACGGGCUGGGAGCGGGGCUGGCCGACCUGCCGCUGCACUCCAUCCCUCACGCCAUCGAGGACGUGCCGCACGUAGAAGACCCCGGCAUCAACAUCCCGGACCAGACCGUCAUUAAGAAAGGCCCCGUGUCCCUCUCCAAGUCUAACAACAACGCCGUCUCCUCCAUCCCCAUCAACAAGGACGCGCUCUUCGGCGGGGUGGUGAACCCCAACGAGGUCUUCUGCUCGGUGCCGGGCCGCCUCUCGCUGCUCAGCUCCACCUCCAAGUACAAGGUCACGGUGGCGGAAGUGCAGCGACGCCUCUCGCCGCCCGAGUGCCUCAACGCCUCCCUGCUGGGCGGAGUGCUGAGGAGGGCAAAGUCCAAAAAUGGCGGGAGGUCCCUCCGAGAGAAGCUGGACAAGAUAGGGUUGAACCUGCCGGCCGGGAGGCGCAAAGCUGCUAAUGUCACCUUGCUCACCUCGCUGGUGGAGGGGGAAGCAGUGCAUCUAGCUAGAGAUUUUGGGUACGUUUGUGAGACAGAAUUUCCUGCCAAAGCAGUAGCUGAAUUUCUCAACCGACAACAUUCCGAUCCAAACGAGCAAGUCACAAGAAAAAACAUGCUUCUAGCUACAAAACAGAUCUGUAAAGAGUUCACCGACCUGCUGGCUCAGGACCGAUCUCCCCUGGGGAACUCGCGGCCCAACCCCAUUUUGGAGCCGGGCAUCCAGAGCUGCCUGACCCACUUCAACCUCAUCUCGCACGGCUUCGGGAGCCCGGCGGUAUGCGCUGCCGUCACCGCCCUGCAGAACUAUCUCACCGAGGCGCUCAAGGCCAUGGACAAAAUGUACCUCAGCAACAACCCCAACAGCCACACAGACAACAGCACCAAAAGCAGCGACAAAGAGGAGAAGCACCGAAAGUGAGGAUUCCCCCCCACUCCUCUCCCUUCCCCCCCUCGCAGCCCAUCAGUCCAUUCAUCUCCCUCCUCCCUCUGCCCUGCACCCAGCACCCCAGGCUACGGCAACAGAAUGAGCAUCCUUCUGCCAAUCCUGUUCUCUGACUCUGCGAGACCGCUCUGCCCUCUCCCCGCGCCCCUUCCCGGCAUCCACAUCUUCAUUUGCUCCCUUUUAACUCGUUCCCCCUCUCCCCGCUGCCACCAUCGUUUUGCUACCCCAGUUUGGAGCCUAAGAGAACAGAAAACAGGGGGACGGAGCCAGCAAAAAGUAAAAGUUCUGUCUUGAGUUUGUGAACUUUUUUUUUUAAAUAAAACAAAAGGAGGAAAAAAAAAAACAAAACAAAACGAAAAAAAAAACAAAAGGACUUUUUUUUUUCUAAAAAUAUAUUAAAAAACCUAAAAAAAAAAAAAAACCCUACAAAAAAAGAAAUAAUACUUAAAAAAAAAUUCUAUGAGCUUCACUGGACUGAAUCACCACCUUCCCUUACAUAAACUUCAGUUAAGAUUGUAGCCAUAUUAAAAGAGAAGCAAGCGAGAGAAGUGCGACAGCAGCAGCAGCAGCAGCAAGCAAACGAAAGGCAAAAAGGACUGAUGACGUUUUAUCAGUAUUGUGAAUAAACUUGAACACAAAACACAAGCAGUUCCAUGUCAUAUCUUCAGUUGUAGAACUUUUUCCUGGCAAAGGUAAAGCGACCAACUUGAACUUUCUAUUGCAACAUGAUUCACGGUUAUUAUAUAAGGGAAUCAGUGUUCAUGUAUGUAUAUAUUUAUUUAUGUGUAAUUUAAUGGGAAUUGUAAAUAUGGUGAGUCUGUUUUAAGCCUUUUUUUAUUUAUCUGGUGAUCUCGUUUACCUCUUGUUUAGUGGGUUUUAAAUCUUCCCCUCUUAGUUCAUCAUGUGGUUCAUGGUACUUAUUUAGAUAUCAGAGGCUUUUUGGGGGUUUUUCUCUGGGAUUCAUCAUUUUUAGCCCUGUUGUAGCAUGUUAAAGGCGACAAUGAAGCAGCUGAACAAAUAAAAAAAAAAACCAUGGAUUUUUAUAUAUAAUUAGUAUGACAUUUAGUUUCUCAUUGAAGAAAAAAUAAAGUGAUGUUGGACCCUGGCAAGAUUUUUAAACACAUUAGUGGUUUUACAACCCUUAUAUGUUGUGAAAAAUGGAAGAAGAAGUUAUUUUCAUCCACUGUCCCUCUCCCCAAAGCACCAUCAGAGCAAUAAAUUAAUACUGUCUUUUAAAACAAGAUUUAGCUUUUUUUUUUUUUUCCUUUUUCACUCUCUCUUUUUUCCCCCUUCCUUCCCUUUCUUUUUCUUUUUUCUUUUUUCUUUUUUUUUGUGUGUGUGUGUUUUUUUUUCUUCUUCUUUUUCCUUUUUCCAAAGAACUUCACACAUCCGGGACCACCUGGUAUCCUGUAUUUCCACUGGCCAUAUUGGAAGCAGUUAUAGUUGUAUUGUAUUGAGUUGUGCCGGCAGUAGUUUCCAUGCCUGUCAAUGUAUCAUAGUCCUUUGUUGCCCAGAUAAAUAAAUAUUUGAUACGCUUUAUGUCGAUUUUUUUAUUCAGUGGCUGUCUUUACCCAGGCGUAUUUUUGUUCUUGGCAGUAUUUUUUAUUCAGUAUGGUUACAGUAAUUGAGUUUAACUCUCCCUUGACAAUUGCUCCUUGCAAUAAGCAGCUGAACCCAUUGUUUCCCUCAAGUAUAAUAAAAACUUACUUUCAACUUGGAGUUCAGAGCAGGGUAUCAUUUAGAUAUUCCACCGAGUCUGUAUUCAGACAAACGACACAAUAAAGCACAAUGUAUUCUUUUGGAUAAAAAAUUGUCUGUACUACUAACAAAAUGACACGCUAUCUUUUCUUUAACCAAAACAUAAUUUUAUUUAAAGAAAAAAAAAAAAAAUAAAGUUUUAUUUUAUUUA